UUGGAUUCAGUUGAAACGUAGUAAUAUCAAUUCGAAACAGUUAACGGCAAAAAAGUUAUUAUUCAGUGUUUUGGAAAAGGCAAAAAUGUUAUUAAAACUAAUUUUAUGGACAUCAUUUCUAGUGGUAUGGCAGCAGACGCCGAAAGUUGUGGCCAAGCAAAAAAAAAACGUUGUCUGCUAUCAUGGCACUUGGUCCACAUACCGUCAGAGUUUGGGUAAAUUUGAUGUAGAAACUCACAUCGAUCCAUAUCUCUGUACCCAUCUGAUGUACGCCUUCUUUGGCAUUAAAGAAAGUGGCGAGCUGAGAAUUAUAGAUCCAUAUUUAGAUCUGGAAGAUAAUUAUGGACGUGGAAAUAUUAAAAAAUUCAAUGCCUUAAAGCUAAGGAAUCCAACACUGAAAACGUUGGCAGCAGUUGGUGGCUGGAACGAGGGUUCGAAGAAAUUUUCCAUUGUUGCUGCUGAUGCAGCUAAGCGCGAGAAGUUCGUUACCUCAGUGGUGCAAUUUUUACAAAAAUAUGGUUUUGAUGGCAUCGAUUUGGAUUGGGAAUAUCCGGGACAACGUCACAAAUUGGAAAAUCAAGAUCGUGAGAAUUUUUUGCAGUUACUGAAGGAAUUGAAGGAGGGCUUGGAACCAUUCGGUUAUCUCUUGACGGCAGCUGUAGGUUCUGUAAAAUCUUCAGCCGACAUAUCAUAUGAUAUUCCGGAAAUGAUGAAAUAUUUGGAUUUUGUCAAUGUCAUGGCCUAUGAUUUACAUGGUCCCUGGGAAUCGGUGGUGGGUAUUAAUGCCCCUUUGUAUGCCGGCCCGCAAGAUACCACUGAUCAUUCCAAGCAGAUGAAUGUUGAUGCAAUUGUCAAAUAUUGGUUAAGUAAAGGAGCCACUCGUGAAAAAUUCAUCUUAGGUGUGCCGUUCUAUGGGCGCUCCUUUACACUGGAAAACCCGAAUGACAAUAAAGUGGGUGCACCGCAUAUUGGCCGUGGAUUGGCUGGCCAGUAUUCCGUGGAGCCUGGUGUCAUUGGCUUUAAUGAGUUCUGUGAAAAAUUACAGCAUGAAAAAUCCCUCUGGCAUUUGGAAUGGGAACCACAACAAAAAGUGCCCUAUGCCUAUAGUGAUCGUAAUUGGAUUGGCUAUGAGAAUGAAAAGAGUAUUGCAUUGAAAGCACACUAUGUGGCUAAAGAAGAUCUGGGCGGUAUUAUGGUAUGGUCCAUAGAAUCGGAUGAUUUCCGGGGGACUUGCAGCAAGAAACCAUAUCCAUUGUUAAAUGUGAUCAAUGACAUCUUAAAUGGUGGAGUAUAUCGACCAACGAACACCCCUACAAAACCUGAAGCGAAUGGCUUACCGAAGAAACCAGCAAAUCUAAUUAUUAAUAACAAUAAAAAUAAAGAAUCUAUGGGGAAUGUGGCCUCGAAUAUAAAUUACGUUGCGACGAGUGGUACAUCGCAGUGCCAGGGCAAAUAUGGUUAUAUUCGUGAUUCCAAUGAUUGCGGCAAAUUUUAUUAUUGCGACAAUGGCAUUGCCCAUAGCUUCCAGUGUCCACCAUCGCUGUAUUUCGAUUUGAAUAAUUUAACUUGUAACUAUUCCGGCAUGGUGAAAUGUUGAAAACAAUGCGCAACAUUCAUUAGUAAGCGAAAAAAAAAUGUAACAAAUAUUUGAAAUAAAAUUCUCGAGAUGUA